AUGUCGAAGUGCAAUGUCCCUGGAAUUGGACUGGCUAGUCACAUGCAGCGUCCAGGACUCACGUGUCUACAGAGAAAGAGCCGUGCCCUGCUGACUGCCUAUCUAGGGAGAUGCCUGGAGGAGCCCAGGAGUAAAGCAGAGGAGGCUUACGAUCGGGAUGGCAGCAGAUCGCACGUGCACAGUGGCUGUCCGGAGAUAGCAGAGCGGCGGGCGGUUAUCUCCGCUCGGCAGCUUCUGGCAAGGCAAGCAGGUCAGCCGCAGCUGAGAGGGACGCGUCCGACAACCUCGUCUCAGUUCUCUCAUCGUCCGCAAUCAUCCCUCCCGAAGAUGAACGAUCGAGGGAGGCAACCCACGUCCAAUCGCACCAAGAAAGCCUGCACCGAGUGCCGCCAGCAAAAGGCCAAGUGCGAUGCCUAUCUGCAUCCCGAUCAGCCGUGUUCCCGAUGCCGCAAGGUCCACGCGAAAUGCGUCAUCUCCGACCCCUUCAAGAGAGAGCAUAAGCGGAAGUUUUUCCGUGACUAUGCUCCGUUCAUGCCCAUUCUGGACCCCCACCUCAGCCCCAAUGCCUACUACGCGCAGUCGAGCUUGCUGUUCUGGGUCAUCAUCGGCGUCGCGAGUCGAAGCUACUCCAAAAACCCCACGCUCCCAAGUGCCCUCGCACGACAUAUCCUGGACGCAGUCCUCCUUUCCACCGCAUCCAAUUCGGCGGCAUUGUACAAGAUCCAGGCACUCCUCCUGUUGCUGACUUGGCCGUUUCCCAAGAUGGACGUCCUGUUUCCUCUGAGCGGUUUGCUCUUGCACCUCGCCAUGCUCAACGGCCUACACAUCCCCAUGUCGACCCAUGAAUUCGCCAAGAUGAAAACGAACAAUCUCACCGAGAUCGACAUCCAUAGGCGCUCCGAACUAUGGGCGCACUGCAUCAUUGUGUAUCAGCAUCUGUUUCUCGGGCGAUUGGAAUGGCAGUGGGCUAACCAGCCCCUGGAUUCGGACACGUUCUACACGACCGUCUGCCGGCUACACAUCCGAGUUCUACAUUUCUACAAGGGCCUGAGUUUAACGAACGACGGUUGUUUUUCGCGGUUGCUCGCAACGGCAUGUACUAUGAUCGAUUUGCUCCGGCUACUCAAGAGUGCGAUAUCCCGGGAUCUGGACACCGAAAGGGCCCGGUCGUGUCUCUUCAAGGGGAUCAAUAUGCUCAAGACCAUCUCCGUCGACCGCGACGACGUGACGGACAUGUGUGCCACGCUCUUGAAGCAGUUGUGGAAUAGUUCCAAAGCGUUUCGAAAGCCGGACGGCACCGAGCAUACCACCCUGCGGAUUCGCAGUCGCCUGACGAUGAGUCCGCUUCUCGAUGCGUUGUGGUGGUGGCGGGAAGAGCAUGAUCCUUCGCACAAACCGGUGAUGCCUGAGGAUUCACAUCGGGAUUCCAAUGGGAUCAUUCCCACACAGGAUCCGUCGGCAGUGGCUUCGGAGCGACCCGAAGUUCUCCCGUUCCUCAAUGACGACUUCCUGGCCGACUUCGAGUGGGCGUUGGGGAAUGAUUACCUGUUUCCCCCAACCGAGCCGUAUGGGACCAUGCCAUGGUCCUCCACGACGAACGGGGUGUAG